AUGCUGAUCUAUCUACUGCUGAUCGCCGUGACAGCCGCGGUCUGGUAUGUACGGCGGAAGUAUUCGUUUUGGGCGGAUCGUGAUGUACCGUACGUCCAGCCCCGGUUCCCAUUCGGCAACAUUCAAGGCAUCGGAAGACGGAUGCAUUCGUCCCAACUGAUGACAAAGUUCUACCACGAGCUGAAAUCUUCCGGGAGGACAUUCGGUGGCAUUUACUUCUUUACCAAUCCGGUCGCUCUGGCACUCGAGCUGGAUUUUGUGAAGAACGUGCUGGUGCGUGAUUUCGCCCACUUCCAUGACCGUGGCGUGUACUACAACGAGAAGGAUGAUCCAAUAUCGGGCCAUCUGUUCAACAUCGAGGGUUCCAAGUGGACCAACCUGCGAAAGAAGCUGAUCCCGACGUUUUCCUCCGGCAAGAUGAAAAUGAUGUGUCCAACGAUCGUGUCCGUUGGUGGACGGUUCCGGGAGUGUUUGGAGCGAUGCAUCGCGGGUGAUGGUGUGGUAGAGAUGAAGGAACUGCUGGCCCGGUUCACCACGGAUGUGAUCGGGACGUGCGCGUUCGGCAUCGACUGCAACAGUCUGAAUGAUCCGAAUGCCGAAUUCUUGCGGAUGGGUCGCAAAGUGUUCGAAGUGCCGCGGGGUCGCAUACUGAAGUUCUUCUUCAUGGCCACCUUCAAGGACUUUUCGCGGCGCAUCCACAUCAAGGGCACCAGCGCGGAUGUGUCGCAGUUCUUCUUCAAGGUAGUACGGGAAACGAUCGAGUAUCGCGAGCGGCAUAACGUUCAGCGGAACGACUUUAUGAACCUGUUGAUGCAGUUGAAGAACAGUGGCCAGCUGGAUGAUUCCGGCGAGACGGUCGGGACGCUCAGCCUGAACGAGAUCGUUGCACAGGCGUUUGUGUUUUUCCUCGGUGGGUUUGAAACGUCCUCAACGACGAUGUCCUACUGCCUGUAUGAGCUUGCUUUGAAUGAGCAGAUACAGCAGCGGGCACGACAGUGUGUGCUGGAUGCGGUUAAAAAGCACGGUGGUCUUUCAUACGAAGCACUCAUGGACAUGCCCUACAUCGAUCAAUGCAUUAAUGAAUCUCUUCGAAAGUACCCGCCGGGGGCGAAUCUCAUACGGCAGGUCAGUCAAGAUUAUCGUGUACCGGGCACGGAUGUUACCUUUCCGAAGGGUAUGAACGUAAUGAUUCCGGUGUACGCCAUCCACCACGAUCCGGAACACUAUCCCGACCCGGAACGGUACGAUCCGGACCGGUUUGCACCGGCAGCAAGCGAAACAAGGAAACCGUACAGCUUCAUCCCGUUCGGGGAAGGUCCGAGGAUUUGCAUAGCCGCCCGAUUUGGAAUGCUGGAAGCACGGGUUGGGCUGUCGGUGCUGUUGAUGCACUUUAGCUUUUCCAGAUGCUCUAAGACAAGCGUGCCGUUGGUCAUUUCUUCCCGGCAUGCUGUGCUGACGCCGGAAGGUGGGCUGUGGCUGAAGGUGGAAAAGCUUCCGCUAGUUGACUCGUUGUGCCUUAUUCAAAUCCGAAACAAAUAUUCCUUCUGGGCGGAUUUGGGUAUUCCUUACAUACCGGCCCGCUUUCCGCUGGGAAACAUUCAACACACAUCCCAUCUAAUGCUGGAACUCUACCGAGAGUUGAAGGGAAAGCAUCCUUUCGGCGGACUGUUCCAGUUCACCGAACCAGUCGCACUGUGUACCGAUCCGGAAAUGGUGAAGCAGGUGUUGAUGCGUGACUUUCGUCACUUCUACGAUCGUGGUGGAUAUAGUGAUGGGAAACACGAUCCCCUAUCUGGCCAUAUGCUGAACAGUGAAGGUGAACGGUGGUCCACCUUACGGCGCGCAGCAACUCCAAUCUUUUCCACCGGACGGUUAAAAUCAUUCUUCCCAGUCAUGGUGCAAAUGGUCGAACACUUUCGGGAGCAUUUGAACGGAAAACUCGACAUCGACGGUGCUAAGGUGGAACUGAAGAGUUUGCUCGGGCAACUGAAUACGGAUAUUGCGAUGCGUUUUGUGAUAGGAAUCGAAGGUAACAAUCUGACGUCACCGAAGGGCAAUCUUCAUGAGGUAAUCCAGCGUGAAGCGUUCCGAUUGCCCACCAUAUGGAAGCUGUUCCUGAUCACUUGCUAUCGGCCGGUUGCGAGAAAACUGCGCUUCAAAACGUUUUCUCGUCAUAUUACGCAACUGCUUCAACGAGUGGUACGCGACACGAUAGACCAUCGGAAAGAGUUUUCUUAUGCUAUCCGCAGAACUGAUCUUAUCGAUCAACUUCUUGGGAUGCCCGGAUUUGAUGGCAAACCCACACUAACGUUGGCCGAAAUGACUGCCCAAGUGUUUCUCUUUCUGGGUGCUUAUGAAGCGACGGGUCUUACUCUGUACUACUGCUUGUACGAGUUAGCCCAGUGUCCCGAUAUACAAGAACGAGCUAGAGCGUGUGUCCUUGAGACGUUGGAAAAACAUGGUGGAAUAACGUAUGAUGCGCUUACUGAUAUGCCCUAUAUCGAUCAGUGCCUGAACGAAACUCUUCGAAAGUAUCCGGCUGGAAUUAAUCUAAUUCGUGUCGUCACGGAAGAUUAUCCCGUACCCGAUUCGUCCGGUAUCGUGCUACCGAAAGGACUGAACAUUAUCAUACCGAUGUACGCUAUACAUUACGAUCCGGAAUACUAUCCCGAGCCGGAACGAUUCGAUCCGGAUCGGUUUUUAUCGGAAGCAUGUAGAAAGCGUCCCCCAUGCACCUUUUUACCGUUCGGUUUGGGCCCAAAAAAUUGUAUCGGCUAUCGUCAGGGGAAGAUUCAGUUGCGUCUCAUAUUGAUUGUACUGUUGAGUAGCUACGAGUUUACUACUUGUCCCGAAAUCACGCUGGGAACACGAUCAAAAACUCACAGCGUUAUGAACAUGAAAAGCGAUCUAUGGUUAAAUGUGAAACGGAUCAACAGCACGAACGAUGUUACUGCUAAAUAA